CUCAGAUUAAAUAGCAGAGCUCGGCUCCGCGCACCUCCUAGAGGCGAUCUCGCGCCCCACGAAACACACUUUCAUUUCUGAUGGCUCUGGCGGCUGUCACCCCGCGGCAACCUGGACAGCGAACGCUGCCCGACCGCACCUGGCAGCGGAGACCGAGGACACCGGCCGCCUCGCGCUCCCGGGGAGGGUGCACCCAGGGCCCCAGGCCUCGGCUCCGGGGCCCCUGGGCUGUCAUCUUCGUCGUCUUGGGUGUCUUGCUGUUGGUCAAACCUGCUUCAGCCAUGUCUAUAAGGAAGGAUGAAGUUCCCCAGCAGUUAUCAGCCCCACUGGAAUGGAUCCGCCAACAGAACUUAUGUCCACCAGGAUUCUAUAUGGAAGAAGUCAGUGGAGGUUGUGCCCCUUGCACCGAUGGGACAGACUACACCAAUCAUUCAAACACCCUCCCUUCUUGCUUACCUUGCACGACUUGCAAAUCAGAAGAAGAAGAAAAAAACUGCUGCACCUCCAGCAAGGACACUGAGUGCCAGUGCAAACCCGGCACUUUCCGUGGAGAAGAUGCACCUGAAUUCUGUCAAAAAUGCAGCGCCGGGUGCCCUGAUGGGAAGGUCAUGGUCAUGAACUGUACGCCCUGGAGCAAUGUCAAGUGUGUGGACCAAGAAUCAGGCACUUCACCGCUGGUGACUAACAUUUUCACUGGACUUGGAAUCACAGUUGUAAUCACCUUUGUCCUAAUAGGAUGUGUUGUAUGUUGCUUCUCUAAAGUUUGCUUUGGUGAGUGCUGCCACAAGGAAAAGAAGCUGACAGAAGACAAUGCCCAGUCCCAAGAUGAAGCAAGCAGAGAGUCUGGUGAUCCUGCAUUGGUUUUGUUUUGCUUAUGGCUGCCUGUGCCAGAAUUUCAGAACCAUGUUUACGAGGCUCAGCUCUGUAAUCUAGGGCCCUCGAUGAAGACCAAGGCUGCUCUCCAUUGUGUUUUACAGAAACCAGCAGCAUCUGAAGGAUCUCAGGGGAGAAGAUGGCUGCUGGUUCCAACAGACGCCACAGAAAGCCUGAAGCUGUUCUUCAGUGACUUUGCAGCUAUCUCUCCCUUGUGACUUCUGUGAUUUGCUGCUGAGACAGAUGGGCCUCACAUGAAAUGAGAUCCUUGUGGCCAGAGAAUAGGCCUGGGGUUCUCCGGAUGCCGCGUGUGAAAUGCUGCCAGUCACCAAGAAGGGACAGGAGACCUCAGUCAACACCGUGCUGGAUGCUUGGAAAUGCUGGGGCAAAGACUGACAAAAGAGACAAUUCAAGAGCGCCUGCUGAACUCAGGAAAGUAUUAACAUGUUUAUGAAGAAAGUGAGACAGGCUGUGCUGUGCCCUAAGCAUUUGAGGACCUCAAUCUUUCCCUUCAGGACACACUCCUGAUAAGACUUCUACUUUUUAUUUGUAUUUGUUUGAAAUUUGCCAUUCAUGUUAGUAUGUAUGCAUUCAAUGACGUUAACUUAUAAUGAAAGCGUUAGUCACUGAGUCAUGUCCAACUCUUUGCGACCCCAUGGACUGUAGCCCACCAGGCUCCUCUGUCCAUGGGGUUUCUCCAGGCAAGAAUACUGGAGUGGGUUCCCAUUUCCUUCUCCAGGGGAUCUUCCCUACCCAGGGAUGGAACCUGGGUCUCCUGCACUGCAGGCAGACUCUUUACCAUCUGAGCCACCAGGGAAGCCCCGUAACUUGUAAUAUACAUCAUUAAAGUGCAAACAUCUUGUAUGUCUUUGUACUUUUAUGUUUGUGCACAUAUUUAUACGUGUUCAAACAACGUUUUGGAAAUAUAAUUUCUAGGCUGUUUAUGUGGGCUACCUGGUUGAGCACUGGCAAUCCAAAGCAAUUAGAAAUACAAAAGGAGGGCAUUCCCUGGCUGUUCAGUGGGUAGGACUCUGCGCUGAGAGCCCUGAGUUCAAUCCCUGGUCAGGAAGUAAGAUCCCAUAAGCCAUGAGGCAAAAACAAACAAACAAACAAAAACCUACAAAACAGCAGCAACAACAAAGGAGAGCAAGCCCACUGCUGGGGGAAUUUGACCAGUUGGGGAUUGCCUGGCGACUUCUACAGGGUCCAGGCUUUAAACAUGGCAACUUUAUAGUUGUGUGAAUAUUCGUACUUUUUAUAGGGAGAUGUUGACAGGUGAGCAGAGCGGGAGAAGUGGCACGCCCACGCAGCGCUGUCUGGUGUCCGUGAGCGGGGCUGUGAUCCCCUGGGCUUCCUGUUGCUCACCUGGGAAGUCAGGGUGGGGCGUGGGUUAGAUAUGAGUGUCUGAUAGUUUCUGUGUCACGUCUGGUCUUAUCACCGACCUUCAUUCCAUCUGGGCUCAAGGAAGAGAGGACAGGGAUCUGCCAUGGUUUCUGGGAGGAAGGAUGGACGCGCUCCUGGGUUCUGUUCAGUGUUGGCUUGCUCAACACUAGAUGGGUCCCCCUUGAUACUGGUGCUCUGAGCCCAGAAUUGCCUUUCUGUGUUUGAAUUGGCUAAUUAAGGGUCUCAGCCCCUCUGUAAGCUUUGACCUUCUGCAGGAAAGACACAGAAAUGCUGAUUCUUAAAUACUGUGAGAACUGACCCAAAAUGCCUACUAUAUUAGGGUUUUGUCUUUUUUUUUUAAUUAAAAAAGUUGUGUUUUUUUUUUUACUUCUGCUAAACCUUCUCCAUAGUAUUCCAAUCACUGCAGGAUAAUUUAAUGGCAGAAGCAAUUCUCAGGGGGUUUUUGGUCUAAUCCAUCUCAAGGCUUGUGUGUUGUCUUCCCUAAGGUUGACAUGACUGGUGUGGUCAAAACUGGAAUUGCCUAAAAUUUAGGUACAAAUGGAUCCAGUGUGUGGAGUUCCCCUGUGUUUUUAGAAAGGCUGAUCCGCAUGGUCUUUGUGCUACAUCCCUCUGGCCCUGAUGUCCCUCCCUUUCCUGGAAGUCAGGUGUUUCCUGUCUUUGCUGUUUCUUCUGUGAGGACACUCUGCCUUCAUCCCCAGAAGGAGAUAGAAACGAAUUCUUGGGACUUCCCUGGUGGUUCAGUGGUUAAGACUCUGCACUCCCAA